CCUAAGUGUUUUCUUUCAUCUUAUGUGUGUAGGAGGGUGACUACCAUGGCUCCGGGUGCUUUGGCGAAACCUCAGAUGCGUGGCCUUCUGGCCAAGCGUCUCCGCUUUCAUAUUGUUGGAGCUCUCAUUGUAUCCCUGAGUGUUGCAGCUUUCUAUAAGUUUGCUGGGGCUGAACUAAGAAAGAAAGCAUAUGCAGAUUUCUAUAGAAAUUAUGAUCCCAUGAAAGAGUUUGAGGAGAUGAGGAAGGCGGGUGUCUUUCAGAGUACAAAAUGAUUCCAGAAAGUAAAGAAUUUUUCGGUUGACCUCAUGGAAAUCUGUCAUUGAUUCUGAACUAUGACACAGACACUUGGAUAAGAAAUACUUUCUCUUGAUAAAUAAACAUUAACAAAUAACAAAAAAAAA